AUGGGAGGAAAGGAUCAAAAGAACAAUAAGAAGGACGUUCAAUUCGUUCAUCACGUAGAGGAUUCUGCAUCUUCUGUUGCUUGUGACGAGACAACUCAGUGGGCGAAACCUUUAGUAUUGGAUAUAUCAAAUGUUAAAAUUGCCAGAUAUUAUGAGGGGAAGACAGACGAUGAAGAUGAAGAGGAAGGUGAUGAUAAUGAGACUCAAGACAAAUUGGAGGGAAUACCAGAGGAGCCAAUAGAAACGAAAGAAACAAGCGAUACCCCGCUGUCUGAAAGUGAGGAUGGAGAUCCACAUUCGGAGGAGGAAGAUAAUUCCAAAGAGGAAGGGAAUGAAGAUACACCUGACUUAAAAGAACAACCUCAGUCUCCCGAAAGCGACAAGCCCCCAUCGACGACAGGUGAAUUGACUGACUCGAAACCGAUAGAGUCGACCGCGACUCCGGAAGAAAGUCUAGCGAAGGAUGGUACAGAAGCAGGUAUGAAAACAUCUCAUAUCUUGGAGUACGAAGAUCAUCUUCACGUGUUUAUGAGCGCCACUCAAUUGACUUCAUAUUUCUAUACAAAAGAUAGCAUUAUUGAUUUUGAAACAGAACCGGAGCCAGAAUCGAAUCACAGUUUAGAGAUUCCUUCCGAUUCUACACCAGAAACGUCCGAUGACAUCCCUCCUUCCGUUCCAGACGCUCCACGAUUGAAAGACAUACGGGAUGACAGAUAUGCACUUAGUAAAAUAGAAACCCAUCCAUCGCAUCCGUCAAAUCAUACAGUUCGUUUCGCCGACGACAUUGCAUCAACAAGUUCCAAAUUAAAAGACAAGAAGAGCAAGAGGAGCAGUAAGGACAGGAAGCUACCUGUUCCCGAAGUUCCACGCAAACCCGAGUCUCUAUUGAGUAAGAUAAUUAAGAGGAGCAGGGAAAGUUCACGUUCUGCUGAUGAGGGACUACGAGUACCACCAGAAGUUCCCGACCCGCCCCUUCGGAAACAUGCUGAGCUCGAAAAACAUUCGAGGGGGGAGAAAAGGAAGGCAAAGGACAGGAAAGAGAAAGGCGACGCUAAGAAAAGUAGGAGCAAGGGAAUGGAUGUUUCUAAAAUGGCAUUAGUACCAAUUCUGAAACCUUCGCAACCAGCAAUACAGAGUGAUGAGUCUAUAUCAGCUGAAAACAAUGGUGAUGAAUCAGUCAAGGAGUCACAGCAAACUCCAGAUGUUGUUCAGCCAGUAUCAGAUCCAGACCCCCCACCUCCGCCAGAAAAUAGCCCAGGUGAGAAUAUAGAGGCCGAGGAAGUAGUACCUGUACAAGAGAACUUAUCAACACAACUUGAAGCACAUCCAGACAUCGAGGAGACACUAACCAGUGAUGUACCAGCUUCAGAUGACGUAAAGGAGGAGGAUGAAGAGGUUGCAAGCAUGCAAAACAACCAGGCAGUCUCCGAGGAACAUGCAGCUACAGAAGAGGCAUCCGUCACUGAUGUGCCAAUAGUAGAAGAUUUACAGGUUGAAGGUGGAGAUAUUCCGAGCACAGAAGACAAUCCUGCUGCCAUCGAAGAAUCUCAUGUUGAUGAGGAUAUACCUUUUACAAACGAAACGGUUGAAGUUGAGGAUGAUAAGCUCACUGCUGCAAAUGGGACGGAGAUUAAUGCGGAAGAGCCUGACAAUGAGGUUGUUUCGGAAGCUGCAGUGGAAAGUCCUAUCGAUGAAGAGGAAAGUCCUUUACCAGAUGAAAUUGAUUUACAAGAUCCCGAAGUGGCUGAAAAGAGUCCGAACAGCGAAGAUAUUUCAAUUGGUACCGAGGAGAUGUCAGCCCCUGGGGAAGAGGCUCCAGAACCUGUCGAAUCCACACCAACUGCCACCGGGGAAGAAAUUCCAAGCUCCUUGGAGACACCUACAACAAUCGAUGAGCCCCAACCCGAGGAUGAUACUCACUCUAGUGAUGAACCGGCUUCUCUGGAAGAAAGUACAAAGAAUGACGAGGAAGCACCGCCUCCCGACGAAGAUGUUUCCGGGGAAAACGUUGAAUCAGAUCCCCAAGCCGAACUUGAUGCGAACGAGAAACAAAUCGAGGAAGAAUCCUCUGAAGAAGCCUCCGAUCCAAUCGAGCCAGUAACGAUCGAAAGUGAUGUUCAAGACGAGGAAAAAGAAGAAUCUAAUGAAGUCAAUCAUGAGACUUUGGAUACUCCAGAAGAGAUUGUUCCGGACCAGCCAGGCACAAAAAAUUCAAUAAAUGAGCCUACUCAACCAAUCGAAGCCGAAACGCCUAGUCCUGAAGAAGCUGGACCCGAAAGUGUUGAAAUUCUCGAGGAGGUAAACAAUCAUACCGAUGAAGAGUCUAAGCCAAAUGAACCUUCUCCUCAACCAAGCGAGAACAAUCCGGCAGAAACGGGGCCUUAUAAUAUCGAUACCGAUUUUCUGACACCCGAGGGUCCGAUUGGGACUACCGAGACUAAUGAACUGGCAGAUCACGUGGGAGACUCUAAUGUCGAGGAUGAUGUCAUUCGGGAAUUAGCACAAUCAAGCAAUUCCGAUGACAGUCCAGCCGUUGAAAAUAACGUUGCGGGAGAUUCUACUGAGGAGAGUCCUGAAACAAGCCCAGAUACAGAAAGCGUUGAACUCAGCGAUGACGUCCUAGAUAUUCCAGCUACAAUCGAAAAGUCACCUGAGAGCCAAGAAGAUACCCUCGUUAACCCCGAAGUUCUGGAGCCUGAUACAAAAGUCGAAGAAUUGCCAAUCGAGAGCGAAAAUGUUCAACAAACUCCAGUAAAAGACGAAGCUUCGGACGAGAGUCAUUCGGAUGAUUCACAAGCCAUAAUCGAGGGAGAGUCAACACCAGAAACGUCUAUGGAAGAGGAACCUUUGGACAAGAGUAACCCGGAUGAUCCAGUAAAGGACGAAGCUCCGGAAGAGAGUAAUCCAGAUGAUUUACAAGCCAUAAUCGAGGGAGAGUCAACAUCAGAAGCGUCCGUGGCAGUUGAAGACUUGGCUACUGAUGCGGGAGAAAGCAAUGAGAAUCCAGAAAAUGAGGAAAGACCGAUUUCAAUUGAUCAACCCUCUAAGGAGGCAGAAAGUGUUCCAGAAUUACCGGAAUCUGAAGAGUGUCCAACGGAAAUUGAGGAAUCUCAUGAACCACAAGCGAAUGACGAUAUAACAAAACAACUCGAGAACGGCGCUGUACCGGAAGUGGUUCAGGAUGGCUCGGAGCUUGAAAAUGCCUCAUUAGGAGAUGUUGAAGAUGUUCAUAAGUCCUCCGAAGAUGACGAGAUAGCAGAUUUACUCAUGCCUGAACAAGACCCCGUAGUGACUGAGGAGACAUCAAAUCAUAUACCAAACUUGCCGACAGAAGAUGCUUUAGACAAGACGGAAACGAUCCAAAAAUCUCCAGAAGCCGCCCAAGUGCCUGAAACUGACAAUGAAACCAUUCCUGUCAAUACCGAAGAAACUUUAGAACAAGCAAGCGAGGGAUCACAAGUUGAAUCCGGAGAAGAACAGCCUUCCAAUGAAACUCAAGAAUUGCUGGCCAGCGAUGAACAGCAAACAGAAAUCCCUCAAGAUCCUCCUCAAGAUCCGAAUGAAAGUCUCGCACAAACAACCCCAGAUAACACCAAUCCCGAGCCAAUUGAAGAACCUCAAACCGAGCUGCUUUCUACCGAGCACGAUGACGAAAUCGAGGUGAGAGAGUUGAAGGAAUCCGAUCCAAUAGAAUCGGAAAACGAGGCAUCAAGUUGGGAUGGCGAAUCAAAUAAUGAAGAUUCGGAAUCCAAUAACGAGCACGAGGACGAAAACUCAUCUGUUACCGAAGAAAAUGGCCCUGAAACGGCAGGGAGUGAGGAGGAACACUUGCAUGAGACCGAAGAAUUGAAAGCUCCGAUUCUUAGCAGUGAAUCAAACGAAGUUCCUGUUCCUUCCUUGGACAAUGCACCUAAAUCAUUGGACGGAGAAGCUGAUGUUCAACUGGAUGAAACAGCCAAUAUCGAUAAUACCGAUAAUCCUAUCCCUGGAGAGGAACCCAUCGAGAGCAUCCCCGAGUCCGUAGAGGAGGACAAUCAACCAGCUAUAAUAGCUGCAGUUGGAGAUCCCGAUACUCCUAUUCACGAGGAAGAAUCUACCGAAGACCCGCAGCCAUCUGUCCCGGAAAACCUUUCCGAAAUGGUGGUUGAGAAGGAUGCUAUUCAGCCAAGCGAAGAUAUCGAUGUUGAAGAAGUUCACGAACCCGAAAAAGAAGUUAUCGAAAAUACAGAAGCCCCUGCUGUAGAAAUUCUUCCCGAAUCAGUCAGUGACGGAGAGAAACAUAUCGAGACUUCGGAAACCGACCCAUCCCCGGAGAUUGAAAAUCCUACCCAAGAGUUAGGUGAAGACUCUGAAACACUUGUUAUCGAAGGUGAUACUCCUGAGGCAGUCAUUGAGGAAGAAGAACCAGUACAUUCUGAAGAAGCAAUUCAUGACGAGGAAACAAAAGUUCCAGUGCCCGAGGACGAAUCUGACCAGAGCCCGGAUGCUCCUGCCGUGGCAACUUCCGAGCCAGAUAGCGAGGAACAUUCAGUUGAGACAACAGACAAUGUCCCUUCCCAGGAACCUGACAGUCAUGUUCCUGAGCAAGAGGCACUUGAGGUGCAAGAACUUUCCGUCAAUGAGGAUAAUGAGCCCGAACUAGUUGUGGAUGACGAAGAACCAAUUCAGCCCGAGGAAACCGUCUCAAAUGAAGAUCCCAACCUUCCAGUCCAUGAAGAACAACCAGUUGGAGCGCAUGAAUCUCCUGCAGCCCCGGAAGAGGUAGAGAACGAUGAUAUCACUGGUGAUGCUGCUGCGAUCACAGAAAACGAGACCCAAAGCAUUGAUGACCCCCAACCGCCCGCCGAAGAGGAAAAGGAGGUUAUUGAAAAUGUGGAAGCUCCAGUCGAACCAGAACCUGUUCCCAUUGAUGCUACACCUGUUGAGACGGUAGAAGAUAAAGAAACAUUGGUGGAAGCGCCCGAAGAGGAGGAGGCUCUAGAAAAAGAUGCUGAUGCCGAGUCAACACCAACGGAGACUAAUCCAAUCGAAGAGCCUUUGACUGAAGAAGUUCCUGCUGAAGAUACCCUUGCUGAGAAUCCGCUUUUAGAAGAGCCCGCUACUGAAAUUCCUCACAUUGAAAAACCUGCUACCGAUCCAAUCCAGGAAAGUCCAGUUGAACCCGAACCUGAGCCAACACCAAGCGAGCCUAUUACCGCUCCGGAAGAAUCAGCUCCGGAAGAAUCUCUUAUAGAACCAGAAGCCAAUCCUCUAAAUCGAGCCUCCCCAGAAAAUAUCAAGCUCAUAGAUUUCUCUCCAACAGCCAACGAUCCCCCUUCACAGCCUGUGGUUGUAGAAGAAAUUUCCCCUGAACCCGCCCCGGUUGAUACUUCUGAGGAACCACUGAUUGAAAGCAAUCCCGAGCCAGAGAGCGUUAAGACAGAAAUUCCUAUUGAACCCAGCCCAAUCAUAAAAACUCCCCAGGCACCUCUGAGCCCUGUUGAAAAUUUGGAGGAUGGGGAACAAGCACCGUCUGAAUCUGAACCUACGCAACUUGAUGUCGUUGAACCAACUGAGGAGAUCCAGGGCGAGGAACAGCCUGAGGUUGUUGAGCCAAUAGAGGUUGCAGAAGAUCUGGUGGCUCAAGAAACGGAAGAAUUGGCCGUUGAGCAAGCUGAAGAGGUUGCGGCUCAAGAACUCACCGAAGAAUUGGCCGUUGAGCAAGCUGAAGAGGCCGUGGCUCAAGAAAUACUCCCUGAGGAUGAGGUUGAUGAAUCAAUCAACAAACCCACGGAAGAAAUUGACGUUCAAGAACUUGCUGGAGAGCCAUCUGCCGAUCAACCCCUUGAAGAUACCACUAGCGAGUCGCCAAUCCUCGAUCAAUCUACAGUUGAGACCGCCCAAGAUCCGGUUGUCCAGGAACCAACCAUCGAUACAUCGAUUGAAGAACCCGUCGUCGAAGCCGUCCAGGAACCAGUAGAGGCAUCCAGUGAGCCGGAUCUUGAACAACGUGUCGAAAAUGUCCAGGAACCAGUAAUGGAGGCAGUUGGUGAACUGGAUCUCGAACAACCUGUCGAAGAAAUUGGCGUUAUGCUGCCGAAUGAAGAGCCCGUCGCUCUAGUGGCUGAACAACCGAUUGAUGAGACAGUUAUUGCGGAAGUACCAGCUUUAGAAGAGCCAGUGAUAGAGGGCAUUGUUGUGGAACAAACUACGGAAACCAAAGAGGCACCCGAGGAAUCCGUCCAAGAUCUAUCAUCUGACCCGGCUGCAGUUCCAAUAGCAGAAGAAGUCCCUGAGGUUGAAGAAAUCCUACAGGAAGUCAUUGAGGAGACCCUUGCUCCCUCAGAUCCCAUACAAGAGCAAAGCGAGUCUCCAAAGGAAGUCGAAGACUUUGAGGCUGUUGCUCUUGCUGGACUUGCAGGUGCAGCCGCGGCCAAGGUCUUGGACGACAAGGGAAAUGAGACCCCAAUAGCUAAUCAGCCUGUGGUAAAUGAGCCGGAACGCAUUGAAAAUCGCGAGGAUAAAGGAGCCGAGUCUCCUUCAAAAUCGGAUAAAGACAGGCGCAGACACAGGAGCUCGAGGCAUCACUCAUUCAGUAACCAUAACUCAACCAAAUAUGGUGAAUAUCCACCUUCCAGCAGACCAGAAGAACAGCCAAGACGCCGAAGACAUUCUCACAGUCACAGAACCAGUGGCGGAACUAGUGAUAAAGAAGAUGAUAAAGAAAAUUAUCGUAGUCGCAGAUCUAGUCAGAAGGGAGAUGAUAGAGAGCGACCAGAACGGGCUCAUCGCCGACGAUCUAGCCACAGGGAAGACGAGCCCGAGCGUUCUUAUCGACGUAGGUCUGGCCGUAAAGAAGAAAGGGAGGAUAAAGAGGAGCCAACCCGUGGUACUUCUCCAGCAAAGCAAUCUCCAGAUCGUCGAGAUAGUGCUAUUGAGGGUGUGGGCGAUGAACGUGAACGUCGCCGACGCCAUCGUAGAGACCGCAAUCGAGAGGAGCAAGAAGAGCACGACCGGAAAAAGGAGGAACGCCGAGCAGCUAAAAGAGAGGCAGCAAUCAAGGCUGAAGAAGCCUUCAGAGCAGAAGAAGCCCUAAAGGCUGAGGAAGAGGCACGAAAAGCUGAGGAGGCACUGCAAAAGAAAAAAUCCGAAUCCAUUCCGUUAUCCGCCGUUCCAAAGCGAUCAAGAUCACGAAGAGAAAGCAUUUCAAAGUCAUACUCAGUCACUCCCCAUGAAAGUGACGGUAUUCGAUCCCGACUUCUCAGUCUCAAGAAGCGUGUUCAAAGCGAAGUUACCAGUCCAUUCAUAGCAAACGACGAGCCACAUAUCAAGGAGAAGCUUACCCCCGUCACAAGCUCCAGAAGGGAUUCCAUCGUUGACGAGCCAGGCCCACCUCAGUUCGACGUUACACCAGAACGUCCAAAGAUGAGUUCUAAUACGAGAAAAUCAUCUCGGUCAUAUCCACACCAUUCUCACUCGUCGUCUCGCAGAGAGUCUGAACGAACUUAUAGUUCCAGGAAAGAGCCAAGUCGACGAGAUUCUACCAGGGAGAAGUAUAAGACGGAGGAGGAGAAGGAGGCAAGAAGAGCUCGCAGGGAGAUGAAAAGACAAGAAAAGCUUGCCAAGGAAGAAGCGGAAGCAGAAAAUAAACUCCAAAGAGAAAAGGACGAUGAGUUGAGGCGUCAACAUCGUGAGGAGAGACGAAGAAGGCGAGAAGAAAGGGAUAUCGAGGAACGAGAGGCCAGGAAUCGAGAACUGGAGGAAAAAAGUGAUAAAUCAUUGGAACCAUUCCCCGAAAACGAUGUCGACAACGGAGAAUCCAAACCUAACUCGAGGCCAGUUACUCGGGAAAGACGACCGACGAGACAUCAUUCGAAUUCUUAUAGUUCACGAGGCUCUCGUCCAGAGAUACCCAUAUCUCGAGGCUCUCGUCCAUCGGAAAAGCCAGCGGAAAAACCAAAGAAUGCUUUCAAGAGCUUUAUGACAUUGGGGAAAAAGGUCUUUGCUUCGGAAAAGCAUUGA